AUGGCGACCGCUAUCAAUACGCCGUUCACCACGUGGGAAGGCGCCGCUCUCCACGCUCAAGACGCUUGGGCGGACGCCUGGCAGCUCAAGGUCCUCCCGUACUCAACGUCCAAUGCGUUCGCUGUGGCGCUGCAGCUGCUGCUCGUGUUGGUCGCUCUCACGUGGCUCGCCAGUGUUGUGACGCGCAACUACUCGUUCACCGACCGGCUGUGGUCCAUUACGCCUCCGAUGUUCGCCUGGCACUUCGCCGUCCACGCGCACGUGGCCGAUGGCGGCGUCUGGGACCAGCGACUGCUGCUCAUGGCGCUGUUGACGACGCUCUGGGGCGUCCGACUCACGUUCAACUUCUGGCGCAAAGGUGGCUACAAGCUCAGCGAGGAGGACUACCGCUGGGCCGUGGUGCGCCAGUACAUGCACUGGACGCUGUUCGAGGUGCUGAACCUCGUGUUCAUCGCAGGAUACCAGCACGUGCUGCUCAUGCUGUUGGCGGUUCCGUCGUACGUCGUGUACUUCCACCGCCACGAAGAGCUGAACGCGGUGGACGGCGUCGCUACGGCGUUGUUCUUGUUGCCGCUGGUGCUUGAGAGCGUCGCUGACCAGCAGCAGUGGCGAUUCUAUUGCAAGAAGUACGAGCUCAUCGCACAGAAGAAGCCUCUGACGGGGGACUACAAGGCUGGAUUCAACCGCAGCGGACUCUUCCGCUACAGCCGCCACCCCAACUUCUUCGGCGAGAUGUCGCUCUGGUGGGCGUUCUACCUCUUCAGUGUGGCGGUGUCGGAGCCUCUGUUCAACCCGUCGAGCUUGGGAACGAUCCUGUUGACGCUGCUGUUUCAGGGGUCGGCUCCGUUCACGGAAUACAUCACGGCGUCCAAGUACCCGCUGUACAAGGAGUACCAGCAGCGUGUGUCCAUGCUGGUACCGUGGUUCCCGUCGGUAAAGUCUGCGGGCCACGAGGACUAA